AUGGAGGAGGCGAGGCUUGUCGAUGACCUCUCGCAGAGGCUCUCGGAGCUCGAGCACAAGGUUCAGACCUUUCGCCACGAGGUGGCCGCCGAUUUUCUGCGCUACUACCACGAUCUGCUCCGAGACAUCCACCCCGACGUUGCCUCGAGUAUUCGGCAAUCCCUUGCCAAGUCAUUGCCCAACUAUCCAGACCUGACCUCGGCCCUCACCAGUCUGGACCUUGAGGCUGACUCACGAGCAUUCGCCCACCCCGGAUCGGGCCAACGCCGCCUCUCCCCGCCGACCGCUGCCUCUACUACCUCCGGAUCGGGAGCCGCAGAGCCUCCAGGCAGCCCCCGCGAUCGACAUCAGGAGUUGCACGGCCUCUUCACUCCCAGCUACCUACCUCUGCUGGAGAGCUCUCCCAUGCUGCCCACCUCUCCUCCCAUCCCCAACCUCCCAAGUCCUCCUCUUGCGAUGCUGCUGCCUGAGCCAGGCAUCCGAGCGGAGGAAGAACAGCAGCAAGGCGCAGACAUGGGUCACCAACCGGGUCUCGACGAAUUGCAGAGUGGCCUGUCGGCAUUGCCUCAAUCGCCUGCCCGGCCAGGCCAUGUCCGUCGAGCAACUGAUGACACAACCUCGUCGGGCCAUUCGGAUCGAAGCGACUCCAAAACACCACGGAGUGCCUUGCGACGCUCCUCCAGCGCAUCGAGGCCUCCGCAUAGUCCUAGGCGUGUUCGUUUUGAUGUCAUGGGCGCCGAGGUCUUGCCCACAGCUUCACCACAACCGACCGAUUUCAUGAUUCCGCCAGCAGUUCCGGCUCCCCCGAUCGAUGAACCCGGCACAAACUCGAUGUUGUAUGACGAAUUUGAGGAACGAAUGCCGCCCCGCAAGAUCUCAUCCUCGGAAGCAUUGAGGGCAUUGUCAAGAACACCAUUGGAAGACGGUACUGUGUGGACUGUGGUGAACUCGACUACAGAUCAAACUACCGUUGAGCAACGGGACACUACUACAACCUCGCAAGACGCACAACCAGAAGAGAGAAGCAGCCCAAUGUUUAUCGCACCGGAACCUCCAUCAGCAAUUUAUAUCCCCGAGUCUGUUCGGAUAGAGCGCACCCUCGGAAGCGUUAGUGAAGAGCCAGAGCCCGACACAGAGCAGGAUAACUCUUCGGAUGAAGAGUUCCUUUCCAUGGCGAAGCCCAAGUCCUUUACGAAUAAGAAGCCUCCUGGCUCGCCCUCUCUAGCGAAGAGUCCCGAGGAAUCCAAACCCAGCGAGCCUAUUCCGAGCCCCAAGUCGCCAGUGAAACCUCAAGUUUCUAGCGGAAACAGACAAACGACUCCUCAUGACGACUCCGACGCAGAGGAAGACGACUUAUUCCAUUUUGAGGCCGGGGGUUUGUCUGCGCCGCCAAAGCCGCGACCAAAGCCCCUGGUUGUACAGGAAGAGGAACCCGAGGUUGAGUUACCGGAUGUGCCAGAGUCUGAGCAGUCACUUUAUGCGACAUCACCAGCAGUGCAUAUCACCAAACGAGAUGUUUCAUCUGGCCCAACGACGCCAACAGCAACACGCUUCCAAGUUGGCUCUUUGGGGUCUUACAAAGGACGACCAGUCAUCAUGCCGGUCGUUCGCAACCCCGAGGUGCACGCUCAAGCUGCUUCUCUCGGGAACUUCAAUACGUUUGUAGGAGGGCUAGACGGCCGCAGCGGAAUGGACGAGGGAGACCUCAACAGCUUCCGCGCCAGUGUGGCCAAUACUGGCUUCUCCGGCACUCCUCGCAGCUUUACGGAGCGCCUGAUGAUGGAGGAGGCCCAAAAGGCCAGGGCGGGCGGUGCGAGGCUGCCCUAA